AUGAUCGACAAACCAACCAAAAAACAAGAUGAAAGACGUCAAGCAGCACUUGACAUUCUGCGUCUCCUCGAAAAGUUUGUCUGCACCCCUGUCAAACGGCAAUAUUCAUAUGUGGACAAAGAGACAGUCGAUUAUUCCUUCUUUCUAAAUCAUCAAGGACGUGAUAUGACCGCUGCUGAAGGAACAAUUUAUAGAGGAGAGGAGACAGAAAAAAUUGGUUACAGUAAAAAGGGAAAUGGGAGUGGAAUGAGAUUUGGUGGUAUGGCAAUGGCGGUGGCAAUUGGGUAUGGUGAGGCUCGUCUCCCUCACCUUGACCAGAAUGAUGUGGACUCUAUUCCCACCUUCUUCACUCAACUAUCCGGUGAUCCAGGCUUCACUCGAUUCCCUCAACUCCAUGUUGAUGCUUGUCUUGGUGUUGGUGAUGUUCUCAUAGCCCCCACCUCUAAUCUCAUUCAUCACGCUGUUGGAGAAGGUCCUGCAAGGAAAGAUAGAAUAAUUGCGAUAUUUUAUACAUGCCGUCAUGUUGAGAGUCUGUUGGGGAAGCAGGAGGGUGGUAAGGUAGUUAGUGGACCAUUGGAGGGUGUAGAUUCAGAUGAUCUCAUCAUCUUUGACGAAGAUGAGAUUAGUGAGGAGACAGGCUACGAGGAAGUAAUUGAAUGA